UUGGAACGACGUGAGGGUGAGUAAAUGAUGACACGAUUUUAACGAUUUUUGGGUGAACUGUCCCUUUAAUGGUCCUAAAAUAUAUCCAUUACGCAAGUGUAAUUUCUUGGUCAUUUUGACUUUGGGGUGAAAUGUGACGUGUUUUUGGAGAUUGACCCAUCCAAACCAGACCUGAAGGUGUUUAUUAGCAAUAGUCUUGAAGGGCUUAUGGGAGCAGGAAUGGAGGUAGAACCCAGUUUCCCCUAAACAUCCGCACUAACACAGUCACAUUUGACCCUUGACCUUUGACCUUUCAUUGAGUGGUGCCGUUUUGUGCAGGUGGUUUGGUGUCGUCGUGAUGCAGAUGUCGACCUUUUUCUUUCUGGUUGUUCCUUCUUAUGGAGACUCAAAAUAAUGAUUUGAAAUGCUGUGCUGCUGAGCGCAGUACCGUUUCUGGCCGCUAGAUGGGGACACUGCCAAACGCUUCACUAACACACUGUCCGCUUUCAUGAAGAAGCUUGAUAUAGCAGGCGAGCUUUGCCAAAAACGGCGUUACUAUGCAAUCCCCCGUUCGCGACCAAUAGAACAACAGAAUGCAUAAUGAAGAGAGGAGCGGAGGGGGUUCUGGAGGAGGGGUCUCCGUGCGUAAAUGAAAGAGCCGGAGGGACAAAGACAUGCAGCAUGCAACAGGACUCCGAGAGCAGAAAACACACUCCAAAUAACAUGCAAACCCCAAACGCAGAAGGAUUCUUACGCAUUAAGAGGAUAAACAUUUGAAAUGCACUCAGGAUGCAACCGGAUAGCAGCAAACUGAGCUGAUCGCACAGAUAACUGCUGAACUUUCAGUCUGAAAAGCUUCAUUGUGGAGUAAAUGCAUGCUGACGCACCAUGUUGUGCUUUCACGGAUUGAUGCAAGCAUGCACCUAAUCUGAGUUCGCAGGCAAAAUGGAGAGCAGCAUCGUUCCCGUCGCAUUUCUCUCGCUUGCGAUGAUGCUGGAUGCGCAGAUGGUUUGCUGGCAGGCGCUGAUGCGAUGUCAUGAAGAACGCGAUUGUGAGCUUGCAUAUAACCAGUAUUUGACGGCAUGCGAUGGGAUCAUCCGCGGUGGCAGACGCCAGUGUCCAAGCCAUUGCAUCAGCGCGCUUAUCCGCCUUAACCAGACCACAAACGGCCCGUUUCUAGAGACCUGUGACUGCGGGAUCGACCCCGAGUGCCUGCGAGCCAAACGAGCCGUCGAGCCCUGUCUGCCGCGGACGCAUCCGGGUGAUGCCGAUGGGAUCGGUUGCACCGAAGCGCGCCAGCGAUGUGAAGACGAGCCCAGCUGUCAGUCAUCCCUCACCGCAUAUCUAUCCCACUGUGGACAGCUGUUCAACGGGAGGAAGUGUUCGUCUCGGUGCAGAGCCACCAUCGAGGAGCUGCUGUUCAUGCCGAACGGCGUGCUGCUGAACCAAUGCGUGUGUGACGGGCUGGAGAGGCCGUUUUGUGAGGUGGUCAAACAGAAUAUGGUCAAACUGUGUUCGAUAGGAGACAACAGCGUCUCCAUGGACCACGAUGGCACAGACGAUGCAUAUGAGGACGAGGAUUACGAGGCGACUGAUGCUGAUGCGGUGAUGUCGUUUACAAGCGCUUUGACUCUUUCUCAACACGUGGCUUUGCUGUGCAUUGCAUUUGCUCUGGCGUUCACACUUUAAAGUGGACAUUUGUGACCCUGGAGCACAAAACCAGUCAUAAGGGACACUGAAAUGUAUGCAUUUGAAAGCUGAAUACAUAAGCUUUGCAUUGAUGUAUUAGGUGUGUGUUAGGAUAGGAGGACAAUAUUUGGCUGAGAUGCAACUAUUU